AUUUUCCCCUGCCCUUUUCCCCCCUCAUCCCAAUCUUCCUAACGGCUAAUUCCUCUCUCUCUCCCCUCUUCAAUUGGAUUCAUCUUCUUCCGCUUUCUUGUCCGACUCAAACCUUCUCUCUCUUUCUCUCUCUAAAUCUCUCUAUCUGUAUCUCUCACUGUUAAUACUUCACUGUGUGUGUGCGUGUUUAUUUCUUGUUUUUUUUGUUUUCUUUUUUUUCUGGAUUCUUGGUUGAAUUCUCGGGAAGAAAUGAAGCACUUUAUGCAACCGAGAAACACUACCUUGAAGGAAAUCUCCAAUGAAUCGCCGUCGUUUUGUCUCGCGCCUAAUUCAUUGCCAAACCCUAGUAAACAGAGGACUCCAAUGGUUACGGCCGGUGGUAAUAGCAGUCGGAAGCGUUCCAAGGAGAACGCGUCGCCGUCGGAGAUGAAUCAAGCUCCGAUGGAUUACACAUCACAAGGCGAAAUAAGGAGACUGGUUCCCUCACCCAUGUCGGCGGCCAAGGUUAAAUCUCCGCUUCCGCCAAGACCGCCGAUUAAGAGGAAGCUGAGCAUGGAGGCCUCUGGAUCGGAGAAAGCGGCCCAUUCAGCUGCCGGAUCUUCUGCGGAUUCCGGAGUGAGAGUUAUAGUACGAAUGAGGCCAUUGAACAGGGAUGAGGAAGAGGGAGAAAUGAUUGUUCAGAAGGUCUCUAAUGAUUCAUUGUCAAUAUCAGGACAUACCUUCACAUUUGACUCUAUAGCUGAUUUCAAGUCAAGACAGAUUGACAUAUUCGAGCUUGUCGGAGCUCCUCUGGUAGAGAAUUGCCUUGCUGGCUUCAAUAGCUCUGUAUUUGCUUAUGGUCAGACAGGUAGCGGAAAAACUUACACUGUAUGGGGUCCUGCAAAAGCAUUAGAAGAAAAUUUAUCGAAUGAUGAACAGGGCCUGACACCUCGUGUUUUCCAGCGUCUUUUUGAAAGAAUCAAUGAGGAACAAACUAAGCAUGCAGACAGACAGCUUGUAUAUCAGUGCCGAUGUUCAUUCCUUGAGAUCUACAAUGAACAAAUUACUGAUUUGUUGGAUCCCAGUCAGAAAAAUCUCCUGCUCAGAGAAGAUGUUAAAACUGGUGUUUAUGUUGAGAAUCUGACGGAGGAAUAUGUAUACACUAUGAAAGAUGUUACACAGCUUUUGAUUAAGGGAUUGUCAAACAGGAGAACUGGCUCCACGAGUAUAAAUGCUGACAGUUCCCGAUCUCAUAGCGUAUUCACUUGUGUUGUUCAAUCACGAUGCAAGAGCAUGUCAGACGGGUUAAACUACUUGAAAACCAGUAGAAUAAAUCUUGUAGAUCUUGCUGGAUCUGAAAGGCAGAAGCUCACAGGUGCAGCAGGGGAUCGCUUGAAAGAAGCAGGGAAUAUUAACCGCUCCCUUUCACAGCUUGGGAAUUUAAUAAACAUUCUUGCGGAGGUUUCUCAAACUGGCAAGCAGAGACACAUCCCCUAUAGAGAUUCCAAAUUGACAUUUUUAUUGCAAGAAUCUCUGGGUGGUAACGCAAAACUUGCAAUGAUUUGUGCCAUCUCUCCAUCACAAAGGUGCAAGAGUGAGACCUUUAGCACGCUUAGAUUUGCUCAACGGGCAAAGGCAAUUAAGAACAAGGCAACUAUUAAUGAAGAAAUGCCUGAUGAUGUGAAUGAGUUGAGGGAAGUGAUUCGGCAGUUGAAGGAUGAGUUACUCCGCAUGAAGUCUAAUUCAAAUCAAGCUGAGGUCAAUGGAACCAAUUCCAAACUUUGGAAUGCCCGAAGAAGUUUGAAUCUCCUUAAAUUCAGCCUCAACCGUCCAAUGACUUUACCACAGAUUGAUGAUGAUAGCGAUGAAGAAAUGGAAAUUGUGCAGCAAGAUGAACCUGUUAGUCUCCAACCAGCAUGCAACAAUGGAGAACCAUUGUGUGAGACAUCUAAAAGUUCAUCCGGAGCAGAACCAGCUCUAGAGGAUACUGAUGUAAACAUGGAAGAAGUAGUUGAGCAAAUCGGCAAAGAUGAAAAUGAGGAGGGGCCUGCUGAAUUUAUCGACCAGAAUUUAGAGAGUGAAGAGCCAAAAAUUCAUGUUCAGGAGGAUAUGUCGAAGCAAGAUACAACAGAGGAUAAAAUGGAAAAGACACCAUCUUCAAACAACCUUGAAGAGGGUGGGAAAACUACUGACCUCAGCCUUGUCCCUUUUGAUAUAUCCCCAAUUCUGAAGUCCCCGCCUCCUAGCACUUCACCAACAGUUACUAACAGCAGUAGAAAAAGUCUCAGAACUUCAACAAUGGUAAGUGCCUCCCAUAAAGAUUUGGGGGAUGACAAAUUGGAACUUGUACAUCCUUGUCUGUCAUUCGCCAAGCCCUCAAAUAGCAUCUGCCUGGAUUUAUCUAGUAAAAGAACUCGAAAUUUGAGAUCAACUCAGCAUUUAGCAGCCAGUCUCCAACGGGGGCUUGAAAUUUUAGAUGGCCAUCACCAGAGUGGAUCCAUCAGGAGGUCUUCCUUCAGAAACUCAUACGCUCUGCACUCUAAAGCAAUCCCAUCAAUUGCAAAAGUUGAUGUUGGCAUUCAGACACUUCCUCCAGAAACUACAUCUUUGAAUGAUCAUUCAUCAAUUUUCUUGUGUAGCAAAUGCAAGAACAGGAAUUCCCAGGAAGCAUCUAAAGAUGAAAAUGAUUGCUCGAAUUUGCAGCUAGUGCCCAUUGAAGAGUCUCUAUGUAGUGACAAGAUCAAGUCUCAAGUUCCCAAAGCUGUUGAAAAAGUAUUGGCCGGAGCUAUACGAAGAGAGAUGGCACUCGAAGAGAUGUGCGCUAAACAAAGUUCUGAGAUCAUGCACCUCAAUCGACUGGUACAGCAAUAUAAGCACGAGAGAGAAUGCAAUGCAAUAAUUAGUCAAACUCGGGAAGAUAAAAUUUUCCGACUUGAGAGCCUGAUGGACGGGAUCCUAUCUACUGAAGAGUUUAAGGACGAAGAACUACUUUCACUGACUCAUGAGCACAAGCUUUUAAAGGAAAAGUACGAAAAUCAUCCGGAGAUUUUGAGAACAAAAAUUGAGCUGAAAAGAGUUCAAGAUGAUCUUCAGCGGUAUCGAAAUUUCUUUGACUUGGGUGAGAGGGAUGUCUUACUGGAAGAGAUUCAAGAUUUGAGAAACCAGCUGCAGUUUUAUGUAGAUUCUUCUCCAAAAUUUUCAAGAAAAAAGGGCCCUUUAUUGCAAUUAACAUAUUCAUGUCAGCCAAGCUUGGCUUCAAAUUUGUGUACAGCUCGAGAGUCAAAUGAGCAGAAUGCUGAACAAAGGUUUGAACAAGAGAGAAUUCAGUGGGCUGAAGCUGAGGGAAAGUGGAUUUCUGUGGUAGAAAACUUGAGGACAGAACUUGAAGCUUCCCAGACACUCUUGCAGAAGGAAAGGCAAGAGUUAGUGUCGGAGAAGAAGUGUUCAGAGGAGCUAAAAGAAGCAAUGCAGUUGGCAAUGGAAGGCCAUGCUCGUAUGCUUGAACAGUAUGCAGAACUUGAAGAAAAGCACAUUGAACUACUGGCUAAACAUCGGAGUUUUCAGGAUGGAGUAGAAGACAUUAAGAAAGCUGCUGCCAGGGCUGGAGUACGGGGUGCUGAAUCAAAGUUCAUUAAUGCUCUUGCUGCGGAAAUAUCAGCCCUAAGGGUUGAUAGGGAAAAAGAAAGAAGGUACUUCAAGGAUGAAAUCAAAGGACUGCAGGCCCAACUAAGGGAUACUGCUGAAGCUGUAGAGGCUGCUGGUGAAUUACUUGUUCGACUUAAAGAGGCUGAAGAAGCAAUUGCUGCUGCUGAGAAUCGAGCCAUAGAGGCGGAGCGAGAAAUGCAGAUGGCUUACAAACUAAAAGAUACAUUGGUGAAUAAACAUGAGGAAGAAAUCCGCCGUUUGAGACAGCUAUGUGGAAAUUCUAAUCCCUCGGAAGAAGUGGGCAAGUUUGGCUGUGAUGAACCCACAGCAGUAUCAGAUGAUAUUGCAGUUACAAGUGAGCAAUGGCGGGAAGAGUUUGCACCUUAUUACGUCACUGAAGAUGGGGAAUCAUCACAUUUAGAGCCAUCUUCUUGGUUUACAGGGUAUGAUCGUUGCAAUAUUUAGGUGUCCUCUUGUAACUCAAUGUUGUAUGUAGUAGUAUUAUAGUUCACUAUAGUUCAAUACACAGCUUUGGAGAGAAUGUUGUUCGCUAUAUGUCUGAUACUAAGUUCACCAAUUGUGAAAGCUCAUACAACUGAUCUAUAGAAGAUGUUUUGUCAGUUCAGUCUUUUGCAGAAACAUCUAC